AUGUCUGUAAGCUCAAGUUCUACUAGUGCUUUUGUAUCUUCAUUACUUUUUAAUGGUGCUAUUGCAAUAAUUUUUCUAUUUCUAUUCAUUCACUUAAGACCAAGAAACCGUCGUGUUUAUGAGCCAAGAACAUUAUCUGACAUCCAAACUAUUAGGGAAGAAGAACGUACAGAACCAGUCCCUUCUGGUUAUUUUAAAUGGGCAUCAUUUUUACUUAGAAGACCUCAAUCAUAUCUGAUUCAACACGCAAGUAUCGAUGGCUAUCUAUUUUUAAGAUUUGUAGGUAUAUCAGCAUGCCUGACUUUUGCUUCGUGGUUUAUUUUAUUCCCAAUUUUAUUGCCAGUAAAUGCCACGGGAGGUUUAGAUUUAAAAGGAUUUGAACUACUUUCAAUGGCAAAUGUGACGAAUAAAAACAGGUAUUAUGCCCAUGUAUUUUUAUCAUGGAUAUGGUUUGCCCUUUUAAUAUUCAUUAUUUACAGAGAAUUGUACUACUAUGUGAUCUUUAGACAUGCUCUACAAACAACACCACUUUAUGAUGGGUUAUUAUCUUCUAGAACAAUAAUUUUGGCUGAAAUUAAGUCAUCAGAAUUGACUAUUUCAGGUGAAAUAGAAAAAAUAUUUCCAAAGGCAUCCGGUGUCUUAUUUGCUAGAGAUAACUCGGAAUUAAUUGAAUUAUGCCAAGAAAGAGCGAAAGAUUGCCUUUUAUAUGAGAAAGCAAUGAAUAAGAUGCUAGGCAAGGCUGUAAAAAUGAAACUGAAGGCUGACAAAGAUGAAAAAUACAGGGAAAAAUUAUAUAUGAAUGGUAAAAACCCAGCAAAUGAUUUAGAAACUUAUAUUCCGCAUGGAAAAAGACCAAAACACAGAAUUAAUCCAAAAGUACCUUUCCUCAAAUUUACUGGAGAAAAAGUCAGCACUAUAAGGUAUCUAAAUGACAGAAUUCCAGAGCUUAAUGAAAAAAUUCAUGAUUUACAAGAAGAAGUAACAGAUAAUGACAUAUUGCCAACAUGCUUUAUCAAAUUUGAUACUCAACUUGAAGCUCAACGUUGUUACCAAGCAUUACCAUUCUUGAUUGGCAAAGAAAGCUACGGCAAGAGGUUUAUUGGAUAUUCUUCUGAAGAUAUUCUAUAUGAGAAUUUAAAAUUUACAAAAAAGGAAAGGAAAUUUAGAAGGUUAAUUGCAAACACCUUUUUAACAUUAAUGAUAAUUUUCUGGGCUAUACCUGUGGCAGUCGUCGGUUGUAUUUCUAACAUUAGUUUUUUAACUGAUAAGAUUUAUUUUUUAAGGUGGAUCAAUAAUCUACCAAAUGUAUUACUUGGUUUGAUUACUGGUAUUGUACCUUCCAUUGCGUUGGCAUUUUUGAUGUCUUUAGUCCCUCCAGUCAUCAAGAAAGCGGCUAAAAUGAGUGGCGCGAUGACAUCGGAAGAUACUGAGUUAUACUGUCAUAAAUGGUAUUUUGCGUUCCAAGUUAUUCAAGUUUUUCUCGUUACUACAGGCACUUCAUCUGCAUCAUCCACUGUUAUUGCUAUCAUCAAUGAUCCCAGUUCGGCUAUGACAUUAUUGGCUAAAAAUUUGCCUAAAUCUGCAAACUUCUAUAUUUCUUACUUCUUAGUUUUGGGUCUAACCGUACCUACAGGAUCACUUUUACAGGUGGUCAAUUUGAUAUUGAGUAAGUUCAUGGGGAGGAUAUUUGAUAAUACUCCAAGACAAAAAUGGUUACGAUACAACACAUUGUCCAAACCAUCAAUGGGAAUUAUAUAUCCCACCAUCGAGAUAAUUUUAUGUAUUUCGAUAUCAUAUUCAGUAAUUUCAUCACUGGUUCUCGUUUUUAGUACAACUGCACUGUUUUUCCUUUAUUUUUCGUAUCUUUACAAUUUCAACUAUGUAUUUGGUUUUUCUGUUGAUAUGAAAGGCAGAAAUUAUCCUCGUGCUAUUCUACAAAUUUUUGUUGGUAUAUACUUAGCUGAGAUAUGCCUGCUUGGUUUAUUUAUUAUGUCGAAGAACUGGGGUUGUACUGCGCUAGAGGCAGUUUUCUUAUGUGUUACACCAUUAUUUCAUAUCUAUUUUAAACGAAAAUUCAUCCCAUUAAUAGAUUGUGUUCCCAUAAGUGCAAUUCGAUUGGCUAGGGGUGAAGAAGGUUUUUCCUAUCCAUAUAGUGACCUAGGAGCCGAUGAAAUGAAAAAUAUUGGCGAGUCUAAGAAAAAACAUCAUGAGGAAAAUAUUACAGGAGGAAUAAUUAGACCAGCAACUAGGAGAGAGUUAGAGGAAGCACAUGUUAUUCCCAGAUCUAAUGACGAAUCUUCAUCUCAUCUAUCUGAAUCUCCAGUCUCCGAGGAAGAAAGGCUACACCUUUCCCAAUCCGAAGAGGUUGCAUCUGAAACCCAACAAACAUCUUACGAACCUCAACCAUUUUCUCGUGAUAAAAAAAAAAGUGAAAGAUACGAUGCUGACAGGUCCAGCAGUGAAGAGACUGCGUCCCCAACUUCAAAUACAUUACCGAAGUAUGAAACAAGUGACAACAAACAACAGAGUCUUGCUGCUGACCAAUAUUCAAAAGUAGCUUCUACAUUUGUUAGUGAAGAGGAACAGUUUAGGAAAUGGCAUUUUGAAGAUAUUGAAAAUCUACAACCGGAACCAAUAAAAACCAAAGCUUACGAGUACGGAAGAGGCGAUGGAUUAGUACCUGGUAGAGCCGAUAUUGGAUAUGUUUAUAGUGAUCAACUAGCAAUGACAAACGAUCCAAAGGCAUAUCCAAGAAAUUUAAAUCGAACAUUUAGUUGGCCUCGUAGGAUACUUCAUUUUUUCCAACCAAGUAAAAGCUAUCCAUUUGAAAGAGUUAGAAGAAGAUUGCCUCAUGCGCUAAAUAUGAGAAUUGAAUAUAAUGAUGAUUUUAUUUCAGAGGCAUAUUUUGACCCAAGUGUUACGGAAAAAGACCCUAUAAUAUGGAUUUGUAAAGACAGCAUGGGUUUAUCAGAACAACAAAUUUCUGAGGCAAAAGACCAUGGAUUGAACGUCAGUUCAGAUUUCACUCAGUUUAAUGAAAAAGGUAGCAUUACUUUCACGUUUAACCCUCCAGAUUUCGAAUAUACGGCCAAGAAGUGA